AUGCGUGCCGUGCUGGGAACGGCGCUGUUUGCGGUGGUGGUGAUGGCGUGGGUGCAGAUUGUGGGUGAGGAGGCGACGCGCGAGAUGUCGAUCGCCUGCAUCGGCAGCACGUCUGCAAGAGCUGCCGAGAAGCUGGGGCUGCAAGCCGUCAAGUACCCCGAGCAGCCGGGGGUGGACACCUGGGCGGCGGUGGUGGAGGACUGCUUGCGCGAGCGGCAGCUGCUGCCCGCGGCGUGA